AUGCUCCGUCUUGGUCGACGAUCACUCGCCGCUGUCCGAUAUUUCUCGGCGACAGCGGUUGCAGAGGCUUCGAAAGUUCCAGCUCCAUCCCUUGCCCCUGGUGCCAUCACCAUCGCCACUAGGAAAAACACCGGUACCGGAAAGGACACCUUAGGUCGAAGUCUUCUUAGCCUGGUUUACACGAAACGCAGUGCCGUUAUCACCAUAAACAAAUGGAAGGAGGAAGGGCACGUUGUUCGUAAGUACGAGCUUAAUCGCAUAGUACGAGAGCUCCGGAAGCUAAAGCGUUACAAACACGCCCUCGAGGUUUGUGAAUGGAUGACUUUACAACAAGAUAUCAAGUUAGUAGAAGGAGAUUACGCUGUUCACUUGGACUUAAUUGCAAAAGUUCGUGGUAUAAACAGCGCAGAGAAGUUUUUUGAAGAUCUCCCAUAUCAAAUGAAAGGGCAGCCAACCUGUACAGCUCUUCUCCAUACUUACGUCCAGCAUAAAGAUUCUUCCAAAGUCGAAGCUUUAAUGGCAAAAAUGUCAGAAUGUGGUUUCUUGAAAUACCCUCUUCCUUUUAACCAUAUGAUGUCACGCUACAUCUCCAAUGACCAAUUACAAAAGCUUCCUGGAAUUCUUCAGGAGCUGAAAAAGAAUACCUCACCAGAUAUAAUAACUUACAAUCUAUGGUUAACAACAUGUAACUCCCAGAAUGACAUCAUUACUGCUGAAAAGAUUAUUCUUGAGCUGAAGAAGAGAAAGGUGGAUCCAGAUUGGGUAACAUUUAGUCUUUUAACCAGUUUGUAUCUUAAAAAUUCACGACAUGAAGACGCUUCCUUGAGUGUUAAGGAAAUGGAGAAAAGGGUUUCUAAAAAAAGUCCGUGUUGCUUAUUCUUCAAUUAUCAGUCUUUAUACAAGUCUUGGGAAAAAAGAAGAUGUUGA